AUGGUGAAGGUGACGAGCGCGACCGCCACCAUCCCGCAGGCACCACCGAUGUCGCCGAAGAAGAGGGGCAGGAAACCAGCGAAGGGGCCACGGCGGGGAGAGCAUGUUGAAGGUGCCGCUGCUGUGAAUUUGAAAAGGCCACGGCAGGGAAACCCGAUUGAAGCUUCUAUUUUGGGUGAUCUCUGUUUCUGGGAAUCACCACUGUUUACUGUUCUGCGUUCUCCUUUAAUUAAAAAUAGUCAUUGUCAGCUUAAGAAACUAGGACUUCCUGUGUUAGCUCAACUGUGUGCGAACACUACUAUUUCCCCAGAAAAGCGGCAGCAGCAGGACAGAGAAGACUCUGGUUUGGAGUACAAUGGUGAGGAUGAGGCUAAUAGUGAUGCCCAUCUAAGUGAUGAUGACCUGGAACCUCCUACUUUAUCAUCUAAGAAGAAGACAACAACAAAGAAGAGGAAGACAGGUGCUAAGAAGGAACAACCUGGGAUGCAAUCUAGUGUUGUCACAAGGGGAAUGAAGAAUCGUCCAGCUGAUGUUAAUGCAAUGAAUAAUCAAGCUGAAAUCCCUAAUCAGGCUACAGAGGAAGAUGGACACACUCCAAAUGGCGCCACAAUGAAUGAUGUCAAUGAAAAUGGACAAACACAGGUUGCCAACAUCGCUGAAGAUGACCUAUUUGAUGAGGAGAACAGGACGAGGGGACCUAGUAUUGAGAGGGAACUUGUUCAGAUGACUUGCUCGAGGAAGAAGAGACUUCCUUUGGUUAAUGAGCCAGGGAAGAGAAGACCAAACUCAGUGAUGAUCGCUGCAAAAUUUGCAACUGAGUGCAACAUUGCAGUAAGACAAAUUGUUCCAAUAUUUCCACAUUGGAAGGAAUACAAGAAGUAUCCUAAGAUGAUCGAUGCAUACAUAUCGAGAGUUGUUAAAGUUGUUCGCCAGCAGCGCUACAAGCUGAAAAAGAGGUAUUUUGAUGCUUUGCCACUACAUCUGGUGCCCAAAACAUCUCCUGUGGACACAAUGACUAAUGAACAAUGGGAUAAACUUGUGGAACACUGGAAAAAUGAGAAAAAAAUGGUGACUUGUGAGAAGAACAGAGAGAACAGAAGCAAAGUGCAGUUCCAUCAGACCACUGGUUCUCGCAGCUAUGAAAUGCAAAUUGUAGAUUUGGCGGACAAGUACAAAAACGAACCACCAAAUGCACUGGAACUAUUGAAAGAGAUGCACUACAGCAAAAAGAAAGGAUUUGCUCCUGCAGUUCAAUCUCUUAUUGCUGAAAUAGAGGAGAAGCUGAAUGAACCUGUAGAUGAUGGUCUUCAACCAAAGGAUGUGACUGAUGUGGUCUCUCAGGCUCUUGUUCAGAAAACUAAGAACAGGUUUCUUGUAAAUGUGGGGCUCCAAAGCAAUGCCACACGUGUUAGUGCUGAGCAUGACCUAGAAGAGGAACUGGUGGUGGAGAAACAAACAUCAAGUGAUCUUAGGGAGGUUGUCAAGGCUCAACAACAGCAAAUGGAAGAAAUGAUGAAGAAAUUCCAGGAGGCAGAAGCAGCUAGGGCUAAGCAAGGAGUCGAAGAAAAGGCAAGCUGA